AUGCCAUACAUCACAAGCAAUCAUGAUGGCGCCCGCCUCUUCUACCGUGACUAUGUUCCGGCCUCAUCACCUGCAGCCUUCGCGCCACAAUCGCCGCCCGACCCCGACGACCGGAAGAAACCCGUCCUGGUAUUGACUUCUGCCUGGCCAUUCUCUUCUAAGAUGUGGGAUCACGUCCUCGUCCCGCUGGUCGAGACUUACCGCUUCCGCUGCAUCGCCCCGGACCGUCGCGGUUAUGGCAAGAGUGAAUGGAGUGGCCCUGAUACUUCGAAGGCGGAGAGAAUUGACUAUGACACUUUCGCCAGCGAUCUUGUGCAGAUUCUCGACACUGCCCUUGGGGUCUCCUCUUCCAGCUCUGGGUCACCGGGGUUCAUCGGCGUUGGCUCUAGCUUGGGAUGCGGCGAGCUGCUCAUGGCUCUCUCGGCCAGCACAGAGGCCAGAAACAGCUGCAAGGGCUUGAUCUUCGUCGCGACCUCCUUGCCGAUUCCCUUGCGCACCGCAGAGAAACCCAAUGGCCCUCCGCGAGAGUUCUGGGAUAACAUCCUCUCCAGCCUCCGCCGAGACAAGCUGGGCUGGCUGAGGACCGGGUUGCCAUUUAUCUUCGGCCCAGACAAGCUAUCGGACACGGAAAUGAAAAGAUACGAACACAUGGCAGAGGAAAGUGAUCCGAUCGCCAUCGAGAGGACAGUCCAGGCUUUCUUGGAAAGAGACCUUUCAGACUUGAUGAAGAGUCUUCACGACCCGGAGAAGCCGUUGUCGAUCCUGAUCCUGCAAGGGGAUAAGGAUAGUGUGAAUCCUAUUGACGAAGGGCCGGAAUUGGUGAGGCGAUGUCUUCCAGACACGGAAAUCGUAGUGUACAAGGACGGAUACCACGGUGAGCGCGAUCCUAAGCUAGGCCAGUCCGGACCGAAGCUGCUGACACAAAUGCGUACCCAGGUCUCCUGCAAACCCACAGAGAGAGGUGCCUCGAAGAUAUCGUCAGAUUCAGCAAAGGUUGCACCCGUUGAUGCUCUGUAG